AUGACCGCCGCUGCCAUUAAAACUAGGGUCGGAUUCCUGGGGCUGGGGAUGAUGGGCACUCCUAUGGCCAGCCGGCUUGCCAGCAACAACCCGCUCACAGUCUGGAACAGAUCAGCUCUUCAAUCAAAAUACGAGCCCUUGAAGCAACUAGGGGCCAGUAUUGGACACACGCCAGCUCAUGUUAUAAAUCAGUCCGAUGUCACCUUCGUGAUGCUAUUCGACGGUGCUGCCAUCAAAUCCAUCCUGACCGAUGACUUCAAGGAGGCUCUGCGCGGCAAGAUGUUGAUCAAUACCAGCUCUGUUACUGUUGAGUGCAGUCAGUACCUCGACAAGGUUGUUCGCGAUGCGGGCGGGGAGUUUCUUGAGAUGCCAGUGAGCGGCAGCAAAGUACCGGCGGAGCAGGGCAAGCUCGUGGGCUUGAUGGCAGGAGACCAAGAGCUCGCCGAGCGUGUUAAGCCGCUGGUUGAGCCGCUGACAACCGUCUCUGUGUAUUGUGGCCCGAUCGGGUCCGGGUUGAAGAUGAAGUACGCCCUCAAUCUUUACCUCACUACGAUGAAUGCCGGGCUUGCCGAGUCGAUGAAUCUCGCACGGGCUCAAGGCCUAAAUCUCGAAGCAUUUGUCACAGCUCUUGAUGCAGGCCCCAUGGCUUCAGCAUAUUCGAAAAUUAAGACGACCAAGAUGCUCCACCAGGACUGGUCUCCUCAAGCCUCGGCCAGAGAUUGCUACAAUAGCACACAGCUUAUUCGAGCUGCGAUCGAAGAGGCAAAUACUCAAUCUCCCCUAGCCCUCCUCUCCGCGUCGCUGUAUCGUAAGGCCAUAGAGUCUGGUUGGGGGGAAGAAGAUAUGAUAUCUGUUUACAAAGUGCUUCAGCAGCCCGUUGAAGGGAAUAUAGAAGCUGGGACAAGGUGCAAUUCUACCAAUGAUCCAUAG